AUGACUGGAGUAAGCCGAGAUGCACCUAUCGGCAUACAGUUUAUUCAAAGGUUGAGCGGGUGGCUUUGCCCUCGGAUGCAAAUCAACCGGUUGAGAUGGUAUCAAGUGACUGUCCUAGUAUUGACAUACUUCACAUAUAUGACUUACCACCUAACGCGGAAGCCGAUAUCGGUGGUGAAGAGUGUGCUGCAUCAGAACUGCAGCGGGCUGCAGCCUCCGCCAGGGGUGGACCCCAGCAAUGACCAGUGGUGUAAUUGGGCACCGUUCGAUACCAGCGAUGCAAACACUUUGCUGGGGGCGUUAGACUCCGCAUUUCUCUUUUCAUAUGCGGGAGCGAUGUUUGUUUCUGGUAUGGUGGCUGAACGGGUGGACUUGCGAUACUUCCUGUCAUUAGGGAUGCUGGUGUCAGCCAUCUUCUGUUAUCUGUUUGGCUUGGGCCGCACGCUCGGCAUACACUCCAUCUCCUUCUACUUAUUGGUGCAGGCAGGUGCUGGAAUUGCGCAGACAACUGGCUGGCCUGGUACAGUGGCGACGGUUGGCAAAUGGUUCGGCAACAGUAAGAAAGGUCUCAUCUUUGGCAUUUGGAACUCGCAUACGUCACUUGGAAACAUAUUAGGGACGGUGAUGGCAGCGGAGUUCGUGGAGCGCGACUGGGCGUUAUCAUUUAUUUACCCUGCCAUGGGGAUGGGCUGUGUUGGUGCUCUGGUCUGGCUCCUGCUGCCUCCGGAGCCACGCCACGUGGGACUGGUGAUCUCAUCACGCUCUGAGUCCAGACAGUCGCGAAGAUCUGAAGACGAAGAAGAACCAUCACAAGUUAUUGUUGGAGAUCAGGCGGCGAGCUUGCGGCCCAACCGCCACUCAGCCAACGCACCACCGCCUCAGUCUGAUGAAGCGGAUGAGAGCACGUCGCUGCUGAGGAGGUCGUCAGGUCGCGAGGGGGGCGCAGUGUCACUCACCCGCGCCCUCGCUAUCCCAGGAGUGCUCGAGUUCUCCCUCUCCCUCUUCUUCGCGAAGCUAGUCAGCUACACUUUUCUCUAUUGGCUUCCACUCUACAUCAACACGUCAACGUCACUGACGCCGAAGGAGUCCGGUGAGCUGUCGACGGCUUUCGACGUGGGGGGCGUGGCGGGCGCCGUGCUGGCCGGCCUGCUAGCCGACUGCCUCGGCUGCCCCGCGCUCGUGUGCGCCGCCUUCUACGCGCUCUGUGCGCCCGCGCUGCUGGCGUACCAGCGGUGGGGCGCGGCGUCUUACGCGCUGAACGUGGCGCUGCUGGUGGCAGGCGGCGCGCUUGUGAACGGGCCCUACGCGCUCAUCACCACCGCGGUCAGCGCGGAUCUGGGUACACACAGCAGCCUGGCGGGAGACUCAAAAGCAUUGGCGACUGUCACCGCCAUCAUUGACGGCACCGGCAGCAUCGGGGCGGCCUUAGGACCGAUGUUAGCGGGCGUGGUGUCGUCCUCGGGCAGCUGGUCCCACGUGUUCUAUAUGCUCAUCACCUGCGACUUCCUGGCACUUUGUCUGCUGCUCAGGAUAGUUAAAUCUGAAAUAGUGAAGCUACGACAGGAGAGGAGGCUAGCGUCCCCCAGGAUCGUCAGGAUAGAAUGA